CACAGUUGGAGCCAGCAUCAUGGUUGGUCUGAAGAUUUGGUCUGUCUCGCUGGUUAUACUCUACCAUUUCUGUCAGAGAUGUAUCCCAUGUGGAAUUUCAACACAUGUUGAAAUAGCACAUAGAGCUCUGGAAUUUUUCCAUAAGCAUGAAGGGAGUGUUAAUUAUAGACAGUUACUGCUAAAUCACCAAGAUGCUUUUCAGGCUGGAAGCAUUUAUCCUGAUGCCUUUUAUCCUCCAAUCUGCAAACGUGGAGUGUUCCGUGAUGUGUCUGAAGAAACUCACUGGUCACCAUUUCUCAAAACAAGUAUUGACUACAUCAGAAGGAAUUAUCCUCAGCCAUGGGAAGAGGCUACAGAGAAGCUGGUGGCUUUCCUGUUUGGAAUUGCUUCACAUAUGGUGGCAGAUGUUAGCUGGCAUAGCCUGGGCAUCGAUCAAGGAUUUCUAAAGGCCAUGGGAGAAAUUGAUUUUCAUGGUUCAUACUCAGAAGCUCACAGUGUUGGAGAUUUUGGAGGAGACGUAGUGAGUCAGUUUGAGCUAGACUUCAGUUACCUGACAUCGAGUUGGUAUGUACCUGUCAAAGACCUAGCUGCUAUCUAUAAGGAGUUUUAUGGAAAAGAGAUCAUAACAGAAAGCACAAUUGCUGAAUGUACUUAUCUGCUGUUUUUUGAACUGCAUGGAGAAAGGCUUCUUGUUGGCAAGCUUUUUCCAACAUUUGCUAGUAAAUCUCCAUUUCUGGUGGAGAAGUUCCACGAAUAUUUCCUUGGCGGAGUGGAUGACAUGGCAUUCUGGACCAACAACAUUUUUGAGAUGACGAGCCAUAUGCUAGAGAAUGGAACCAGUGACUGCUACCUGCCUGAAAACCCUCUGUUCAUAAACUGCACAAAGGAGCACAAGGACAGCCACAUAAACAAACAAUCAAAACAUGAACAUCAAAAGAAUACAACUUCUUUGCUUCCAGAAACACUUGAGAAGAAUAUAAACUAUACAGAGAGAGGAGUUCAAUUUGACAUACAGCCUUGGGCAACAAAAUCCAUCCGCUUGAUAAACCAUGCUUUUAAAACCAAUGUCUGGAGAGCAUUAGGAGCUACACAUCAGAAAUCUAAGCACAUCUCCAAGCCAGCAGCUUCAUAUUUUCUGACUUCACCCUAUGCUAGGCUUGGAUGGGCACUGAUCUCAACUGACCUAAACCAGGAUGGAUUUGAAGAUCUGGUGGCUGGAGCACCAGGGUACAGCACCAUGGGCCAUGUUCAGAUAGGGAGGGUGUAUGUGAUCUAUGGCAACCAGUCAGGUCUGCCACCAGAGGACAUGGAUCUAGAUAGCAAAGCUGACCAAAUACUACAGGGUCAUCAGCCUUCAGGAAGAUUUGGUUCUGCCUUGGCAGUCCUAGACUUCAAUGAGGAUGGAGUGCCAGAUCUGGCAAUUGGAGCACCUUCUGUGGGAUCUCAGUUUCUUACUUACAAAGGUGCUGUGUAUGUCUACUUUGGAAUUGAGGGAAGAGGCUUGGCUCCUCAGCCAAACGUUACUAUAACUUGUCAGUAUUCCUACUGUAAUCUUGGUUGGUCCCUCCUGGCAGCUGAUGUUGAUGGGAAUGGAAAUGCUGAUCUGGUUGUGGGUUCUCCAUAUGCACCCGGUGGUGGGAAGCAGAGAGGACUUGUGGUUGCAUUUUACUCUCAUCUCAACAGGAGUCACCAAGGGCUUCUGUCAGUACAGGAUGCCAACUGGAUGGUGCAGGGGGAAGAAAACUAUGCUUGGUUUGGAUUUUCACUUGCCAGCUGCCAGCUGGAGAACGUGACAUUACUACUGAUUGGUAGCCCUACAUGGAGGACUUGUUCUAGUUGCAGUCCCCUUUUGCCAGAUGUCAGACAGAGUGUUGGGAAGGUGUACGGGUUUAACCCACCAAGUACGGAGCGCUGGUUUGAGAUAACUGGAGACAAGGAGAUGGGCAGAAUGGGUUUGUCUCUGGCCAGUGGUGUGCUGUCUGUGGCCGGGAACACAAGGAAAGUUUUGGUGGUGGGUGCACCUACUGCAGACAGCCUGUCUAGGAUUUUAUUUAUGUCCUCAGUGCUACAUCAAGCUGGACUGGCUCUAGUAUAUGACCUGUCAAACAGCACCAAACCUUCUCUGCUCAGCGCAUUCAGUGGGGACAGGAGGUUUUCUCGUUUUGGAGGAGACAUAUACUUAAGUGAUCUGGAUAGCGAUGGGCUAGAUGAAAUGAUUGUGGCAUCCCCACUGCGAACUAACGGUGUCACCUCAAUCCUGUCUGGUGGGGCUGCUGGCCGUGUUUAUAUUUUCAAUGGCAGACAGACAUCCUCAGGGAACGUGACAGGCCACUGCACAUCAUGGACAUCUCCUUGUCCUGAGGACUGGGCACAGUAUAUCCUGAUUUCUCCUGAGGAAUUAUCAAGAUUUGGGAGUUCUGUUAUCACUGUGAAAUCUGAAAAAAAGAAAGAAGUUGUAGUGGCAGCAGAGAGAAGUUCUGCGAAAGCUCGACUUGGUGGAAGGCUUUUUGUCUACUCGCUCUAGAAGUUUGCAGUAGCCUUAAAGACCAGGGCACACCUGGUCUUCUAGUGAAGAAUCUCUGUAGUAUUUGUGCUACUUUCCUGAACCCACACAAACCAACACACCGUGUCAGCAAGCUUUUGCUGAAUUCUGUGGUGGGCAGCAGCAUCGCUUAUCUAAAACAAGCAAGCUGCUCUGAAAACCUUUGACAGGUUGAAAUGAGCAAGCAGCUGUAUUUUUGGCAGUAGUAUUUGGCUGUAUAAAGAAUGGUCAGUGGCCACCUUCUUUACUGGCCAGAUUUGAGUAUCUUCUUGACAAAACUGGGAAACUGCAGCACAGCAUUUACAAUUCUUACAUACUGUGAUAAGGAUUCUAAGUUAUGGAAAGUUACUGUCAAAAUAAUAAGCAUGGAGCAGGGGCAGCUUUAAGACUGACAGAAAGGUGGGUGCUGAUCAACAGGACUGUCUCUUCUCUCUCUCAAGUCUUGAGGCAUGCAUUGAGGGUGUAGUGCAGCUCAGGUCUCCCAAGAAAAAAAGAAC